AUGACCCCGACCCCGCUGCAUCAACUCGUUCAAAAUUACCUGGAAGGGCUCAGUUCUCCGGAAGAACUGGCUCAGCUGAACGAGCGUCUGCGCACCGAUGCCGCCGCACGGCGUGAGUUCCUGGAAAUUGUAAACCUCGAUUCGGCCCUCGCCGAGGUCACCGUCGCCGUACCUUCGCUGGAAGAAACCAACUUCGCCGCGGAUACCCCGGAGACUCUAGCCACCGAACCUUCCGGCCGCUCAUCAUCUCGUUGGUCGGUCACGCUCGGUGUCGCGGCAUCGUUGGCCAUCUGCUUGCUGCUUGGGGCGUUUGGCUAUUACGCUUAUCUUCCUCCAGCCCAAUUGGCAAUCGUCGAAAACGCUGCAGGUCUCGACUUCGUUGCCGGGGCCAAAGUGGGUCGUCGGACCUACGAGAUCACCGCUGGCACGCUUGAGUUGGUCACCAACCGCGGCGCUCGCGUGGUGAUCGAAGCCCCAGCCCGAUUCACGUUUCAAUCGGAGCAACUGCUUCAGCUCGACUACGGGCGCCUCGCCGCCGAUGUUCCUCCCGCUGCCAAAGGGUUCACCGUGAUUACGCCUAGUGGCAAAGCGGUCGAUCUCGGUACGAAGUUCGGCGUCGACAUGCCACAAGGGGGCAACGCCGAAGUACACGUCUUCCAAGGUGAAGUGAUCGCCAGUACAACGACCGGCGACGACGCACGCAACUUGAAAGAUGGCGAGGCCCUUCGCUUUGCGGCAAAAGAUCAGUCUCCUGCCAACUUCCGCUCCGCCGCGUUCAUUCAGCCUGGCGAAGUCGUUCAACUGCAUGCCGCCCUGCAAGCUGGCCAACAAGUGCGUUCCGUCUCCGAGAUUGAAAAGCUUCGCGACGACCCUGAUUUGAUCUCGCUGAUCGACUUCGAGUCAGACGUUCGGCUCCCCGGCAACUACCGCACCGUUCAAGGGCGUUGGCCAGGUUCGAAGGCGGCUGAGCUCGUCAACAUCGGCGAACAUGUCAAGCUGAACGUCGGCGGCGAACACCCUUGGCCGCAGCUGACAUUGGCGGCCUGUGUUCGCUUGGAUCAUCUCGGCGAACCGUACCAAUCGCUGCUGCAUACCGACGGCUGGGACAAGUCUCGUAAAGGGCAAGUGCAUUGGAUGGUCACGAAACAAUCGACCAUGCGUCUGGCCCUUCGCGACAACAAACUGGCCCCCACCGAUCAGCCCAACUCUGGCUUCCCGGACUCCCAGAUAGCCGUCCUUCCGGAACAAGGACGCUGGGUUCACCUGGCCGCCGUUUACGAUGCGGACAAGCAAACCGUUCGCUUCUAUUUCAACGGCCAAUUUGAUAACGAAGUGGCCCUCUCGCAAGCGUAUCCUGGCCUGCUCGGCUCUGCCCAGAUCGGCAACUGGAACGAGAUCGAUCGUAAGCUGAGCGGCCGUGUCGACGAGCUGUUGAUCAUGGGCCGCGCAAUGUCCGACAAGGAAAUGCAAGCCCUUUACGACGCCGGUAAUCCUUACCACUAA